AUGGUUUCUGAGACCACUGUAGGCUUUGACACCUCCAUGGCUUCCACCACAGCCUCUGAGACCCCCACUGCCUCUGCAACAGUGUCUGUGCCCAAAACAGCCUCAACCGUCUUGGCCACAUCUUGGAUCCAGGCAUCUUGCUUGCCAGCCACAAAGACACCAGCCACAAAGACGCACAUUGAGAUGCAGAAGGGAAACAUUCUCCUUAAGUACUGGUUACUGCUACAUCUCCUACUUUUAGAAGAUGGUGAUAAUAGUAGCACAACUGUCAUCACUGGAUUCAGUGCAGCCUCCAGUGGGACUAGUACAGCCUCCAACAAUGGAUACAGUGUGACUGCCAAUGGGACCAGCACAGCCUCCAAUACUGGAUCCAGCAUGACCUCUGGAGGAACCAGCACACCUGUCAACACCGGAUCCGGCACAACCUCCAAUGGGACCAGUACAACCUCCAACACUGGAUCCAGUGUGACCUCCAGUGGGGCCAGUACAGCCUCCAACACUGGAUCUAGUGUGAACCCCAGUGGGAACAGCACAGCCUCCAAUACUGGAUCCAGCACAACCUCCAGAGGAACCAGCACACCUGUCAACACUGGAUCCAGCACAACCUCUGAUGGGAUCAGUACAGCCUCCAACAAUGGAUCCAGUGUGACCUCCAGUGGGACUAGCACAGCCUCCAAUGCUGGAUCCAGCAUGACCUCUGGAGGAACGAGCACACCUGUCAACACUGGAUCCAGCAUGACCUCCAGUGGGUCCAGCACAGCCUCUGAUAUUGGAUCCAGCACAACCUCUGCAGGGACCAGCACACCUGUCAACACUGGAUCCAGUGUGACCUCCAGUGUGACCAGCACAGCCACCAACACUGGAUCCAGUGCAACCACAGGAGGCUCUAACAUACCUCCAACUGGAACGCACCCAACUUCCAAUAGAAUUAGCACAAGUGCUACUACUCCUGUGAAUGAAGUGAAGCCCAGUGGGUCUCUGAAGCCGUGGGAAAUCUUCCUCAUCACUCUGGUCUCAGUUGUAGUGGCCGUAGGAUUCUUUGCUGGGCUCUUCUUCUGUGUAAGAAACUCCCUGUCCCUGAGAAAUGUCCUUGACACAGCUGUCUACCGCACCCACGGCCCCAACCUUGGCCUGGGCUCUGGAGGUAAUCGUGGAGUCCACCACAGGCCUAGGUGGAGCCGUAACUGGUUCUGGAGGAGACCAGUAUCUUCAACAGCCAUGGAGAUGACAGGGAGUCACGACGGGCCCUGAGCAGCCCCUGCAGCCAGAGUGCCACAUUCUUCAUGGAGGAAGCUGACCUGGGGAACCAGAAA